UCCCAGUCACCACCGAGAUGCGUUACGUCGCACGUUUCGCGAUCGCUGCAUUGCUCAACCACAACCACUAGUUCGGGACUGCGAUUUGCAAUUUGACUCGCCCCCACACCCAGGGUCAAGUGACAUGUCGUGUCACUAGCGCGACAAUCCCAACUAUCACGAGUAAUCGAUCGGGAACAAGCAUUUAAAUCUUUAGCUUUAAAAUGGAACCAAUCACGGAAUCCACGUCGGACGAGGCAGUUUUACGCAAUCGAAAGUCACACAAGAAAGGCAAAACUGCAUCUUUGGGGAAGGAGAGCGAGACUUUGUGCGACGCGGAAGAGGAAAAGUCGCUGGAAAAUACGAAAAGACUUGAGCGGUCCGGCGACGACGAACCCGCAAAUAUCAAGGCACCGAUCGUGGGCGGUAAGGAAAAGGAAGCGGAAGAAGAGUCUCGAUUUGUGAUUCGGGUUCAGCUGGACGGAGCUUCCGUGCUGUUGUUUCUGGCCUCGUUUGUGACCCGGUUCUACCGACUGACCCAUCCCAAUGGAGUUGUGUUCGACGAAAUCCACUACGGUCGGUUCGCAUCGCUGUACCUCCGGAACACCUUCUACUUUGACCAGCAUCCCCCGCUGGGUAAACUAAUGGUGGCCGGAGCGGCCAGUGCCGUUGGCUACAACGGCAAGUUCGAGUUCCCCAAGAUUGGCAGCGAAUACGACGCGAGCGUGCCCAUCUUUGCAUUCCGAUUCUUCCCCGCGCUGUGUGGAAGUCUGCUUGCCCCCGUUGUCUACAGCAUCCUGCGCCAGAUGAAACUCAGCCAACAAAUCUGCAUUAUCGGAGGACUGCUGAUUGUUUGUGACAAUGCCCUCCUAACCCACUCGCGGUUCAUCCUGAUGGAGCCGAUGCUGCUGCUGUUCUCCGGCGCCGGAAUCCUGUUUAUCCUCAAGUUCCUCAACAGUCGACCCUUCUCGACCCGGUGGUGGUGCUUCGGAGCGUUGGCCGCGGCUUCGCUAACCGCCGGAGUAUGUGUAAAGUACGUUGGCAUCUACAGCUUCUUCCUGGCGUGCUACAUCAUUGGCCGUCACAUCUGGAUGCAGCUGCCGGACCGUACGCAGUCCAACUUUUACCUCGCGCUGAAGGUGAUCGUGAAGAUCGGAUUGUUUGUGGCGGUAUCAACGGGCGUGUACGUUGGUUGCUUCUACGUUCAUCUGAACACUCUACAUAAGGCGGGUCCGCACGACAGUGUGAUGACCAGUGCCUUCCAGGCAUCGUUGGAAGGUGGUCUUGCGUCGAUCACCAAGGGACAACCGCUUAGGAUUCAGCACGGAUCGCAAAUUACGCUGAAGCACACACACGGCCGAGUUUGCUGGCUUCACUCGCAUGCCCACGUCUAUCCGAUCAAGUACAAGGACGGACGGGGAUCAAGCCAUCAACAGCAGGUCACCUGCUACGGGUUCAAGGAUGUGAACAACUGGUGGAUCGUGAAGCGACCGAACAAGGAGAGCAUCGUGGUGGAUGAUGAACCAGACUACAUUGAGCACGGCGACGUGAUUCAGCUGGUGCAUGGAGUCACCAGUCGUGCACUGAACAGCCAUGACGUCGCAUCACCGAUGACACCACUGAGUCAGGAGGUGUCCUGCUACAUUGACUACAACAUCUCCAUGCCAGCGAAUCUACUGUGGAAAAUGGAGAUCAUCAACGCGAAGGAGUCCAACAACAAGUGGAACGCCAUUAUGUCGCAGAUUCGGUUAGUACAUGUCAACACUACAGCUGCCCUGAAGUACACCGGCGAGCAGCUGCCCGACUGGGGCUUCAACCAGUUUGAAGUUGCCGCCGAUCGGAGACAGUUCACCAUGGACACGAUCUGGAACGUCGAAGAGCAUCGCUACACGCAGGACAAGGACAAGAAGGACGUACUGGAGAAGCUGCUGAAAACGGAAAUGAUUCCGACCGAACCGACGCAGCUUUCGUUUUGGGAUAAGUUCUACGAGCUGCAGAUGAAGAUGCUGGUGCACGCGGAAAAGCUCGAAGGUCACAUGUACUCGUCGGAACCUUUCGAGUGGCCUCUCAUGGACAAGGGUAUUGCGUACUGGGUGGCCAGUGCAUCCAACGCACAGAUUCAUCUCCUCGGAAACCUCGUCAUCUGGUAUUCCGCAACCUUAGCGAUCGUAGCCUACGUCGGAUUCCUCGUGUUCUACCUUAUCAGACGCCGCCGACGAUUCUUCGAUCUCAACGAAGAUGAAUGGCAAAAGUUCCGCUUCGGGGGAGAGAUCUUCCUUGCUGGAUACUUUAUCCACUACCUGCCGUACCUCUUCGUGGAGCGAACGCUCUUCCUGUACAACUAUCUGCCAGCGCUGCUGUACAAAAUCCUGCUGCUCUGCUUCGUGCUCGAACACAUCCAGCUGGCGAUCAGGAGGUUUGUGCAGCUUCGACUGGUUUCGAUCAUUUUCAGCGCGAUACUGACCACCUGGAUGGUCGGCGUAUUUUACUACUUCUCAAAGUACAGUGUUCUUAGCUACGGAACCACCGAACUAAGUGCAGAUGACGUCCUGAAUCUGCGACUGAAAGACACCUGGGAUUUGAUCGUUCAUAAGCCUUGAUCGAAAAUCAUGCAAUUAGUUUUAUUGUUCAAGGAAAUAGCACUAAUAUUGUUACAAAUUAUAUUUCGAACUUUUAAUAAAAUACUCAAUUCGUA